CACACACACACACACACACACACACUCACCUAUAUGCGUACUGACCAGGAGCGAUUCCUCCUUUUCUAACACACACUCCAGCGCAUACUCUCAAACACGUACCUGCGUGUGUAUGGUGCUCCUGCCCUAAACCACACAGGUCCAGCUUCUGCUCCAGUACUCUGCACAGCAGGGGUGAACGGUACCACAGUCCUUCUCCUCACUGGAACACACUAGCACAGAAGAUGGAACGGGAUUACUUUGGGUUCUCCUGGGUCAGGAGCGCAGAGAACACCAGCUCCACCUACGCCAUCAACAACCCGGCCGACAUCUCCGUCAUAGUCAUCUACUUUCUGGUGGUCCUGGCCGUUGGGAUAUGGGCAAUGCUGAGCACCAAUCGUGGGACAGUGGGAGGGUUCUUCCUGGCAGGACGCAGUAUGGUGUGGUGGCCGAUUGGCGCCUCUCUCUUCGCCAGUAACAUCGGCAGCGGCCAUUUUGUGGGCCUGGCAGGGACGGGAGCAGCUGCUGGCAUCGCCAUUGGCGGGUUCGAGUGGAACGCCCUGGUGGUGGUGGUCAUCCUGGGCUGGCUCUUCGUCCCUAUCUACAUCAAAGCUGGGGUCGUGACGAUGCCAGAGUACCUGAAGAAGCGGUUUGGGGGCCAGCGCAUACGGAUCUACCUGUCUGUGCUGUCUCUGCUGCUCUACGUCUUCACCAAGAUCUCUGCAGAUAUGUUCUCAGGGGCCAUUUUCAUUAACCAGGCUCUGGGGCUCAACAUUUACCUGGCUGUGGUGCUCCUGCUUAUGAUCACUGCUCUCUACACCGUCACAGGGGGUCUGGCUGCAGUAAUCUACACGGACACCCUUCAGGCGAUUAUCAUGGUGAUCGGGUCCUUCAUCCUCAUGGGAUACGCCUUCAAUGCGGUGGGCGGUUAUGAGAACUUUGUGGAUAAGUACAUGAACGCCAUCCCAACACUCGUCAGCCCCAACAUCAGCGCGAGCUGCUACACCCCCCGACCCGACUCCUUCCACAUCUUCCGGGACCCCCUCACCGGGGACAUGCCCUGGCCCGGCCUGGUCUUCGGGCUCACCAUUCUGGCCACCUGGUACUGGUGCACCGACCAGGUGAUCGUGCAGCGCUGCCUGUCGGCUAAGAACUUGUCGCACGUGAAGGCGGGCUGCAUUCUGUGUGGCUACUUGAAGCUGCUGCCCAUGUUCAUCAUGGUGUUCCCCGGCAUGAUCAGUCGCAUCCUGUACACAGAUGUGGUGGCCUGUGCGAUCCCAGAGGAGUGCAAGAAGUACUGCGGCACCACGGUGGGCUGCACCAACAUCGCCUACCCCAAAAUGGUGGUGGACCUCAUGCCCCGAGGUCUCAGAGGCCUGAUGCUCUCGGUGAUGUUGGCCUCGCUCAUGAGCUCCCUCACCUCCAUCUUCAACAGCGCCAGCACCCUCUUCACCAUGGACAUCUACACCAAGAUCCGCCGCACCGCCUCGGAGAAGGAGCUCAUGAUCGCCGGCAGGCUGUUUAUCCUGGCUCUGAUUGGUGUGAGCAUCGCCUGGAUCCCCAUCGUCCAAACUGCUCAGAGUGGUCAGCUCUUCGACUACAUCCAGUCCAUCACCAGCUACCUCGGGCCGCCCAUCGCCUCCGUCUUCCUCCUCGCCAUCUUCUGCAAGCGCGUCAACGAGCCGGGCGCGUUCUACGGGCUGGUGAUUGGCCUGCUCAUCGGACUGUCCCGCAUGCUCGCCGAGUUCGCCUUCGGGACGGGCAGCUGCGCCAGCCCCAGCAACUGCCCCAAAAUCAUCUGCGGCGUCCACUACCUCUACUUCGCCAUCCUGCUGUUCGGAAUCACCUGCCUGCUGGUGCUCGGCAUCUCCCUGAUGACCAAGCCCAUCGAGGACAAAUACCUGUAUCGCCUGGUCUGGAGCCUCCGGAACAACAAAGAGGAUAGGGAGGACCUGGAGGUGGAUGACUGGACCGAAAAUGCAAAUUCUGAAAGCAUGGACGUGGAAGAGGAUCCUGAGGAGGUGGGCCGCUGCAGGAAGGCCUAUAACUGGUUCUGCGGCUUCGAGCAGAAGAAGGCCCCGAAGCUGAGCGAGGAGGAUCAGGCCGAGCUGCAGAGGAAGCUCACCGACACGUCGGAGCACCCCACCUGGAGGAACGUAGUCAACGCCAACGCCAUCAUCCUCCUCACCGUCGCCGUCUUCUUCCACGGCUUCUAUGCAUGAGCCCCCCAAAAACUCAGGGGCAUGCAGCUCGACCCUGGGGGCUGGGGCUCAUCUGCGUACUUUGCUUUUUUUUUUUUUUUUUGGUCCAGCUAAUUAUUCCAGCUCCAGGUUUACUCCCAAAGCAGACCUCGGAAAAAACAUUUUCAUCGAAGACGUGCAUUUCUUCUCCUUAGCCGUAGCUCAUGAUUGCGGAAGAAAGACGUCGAAAUGAAAUAAAUGAUUUGACGCCACAGAAAUGAUUGAGAGCAGAAGGUCUGUGUGAAAUCCCAAAAUGGAUGCCAUGGUCUCGCUCUCCCGGGCGCAGCUAUCCUCCUGUUAAUGUGCGAAUGAUUGAGAUCUCAAACAAAUCCAGACCUCCUUGGUUCUUGAGCACAGCCAGUCGUCUGGUGCAGGAGUAGCAUCUUCUCUACAGCAAAGGCGAUAGAUGAACUGUUUACUUCAGAAGGUGGAGGUGAAGAUGAGACAGUGGACUGUCUGGACCUCUUCUGAAACAGCUUGCGACUCAUUUAAAAUGUCUCCAGUUCAUCUGUAAAGAGGCUGAUGUAACCAAAUUCCCUGGGGUUGGUGGUCGAGUGUUGAAACAGCGUAAUUUUAACCAACUUUCACUCCAGUUUAAACUCCUCCCUGUCUCCUAUUUUCUCAUUUUCAUUUUGUGCUGGAUGCUAAUUUAUUAAAGGGGUGACACAAAGGGACAUACUGGCCCUGCGUACACUGAAGUUAGCUUUAAAAAAAUCAGCUUGUGCUUUUUUUUUUGGUCUGUUUAUAUGUUAGCUGAGUCCCUUUGUUUUAUUAUAUAGAUCAUUUUCAUUGGAAAUACAUUAUGUCAAAAAAUUACACCCGAGGAUCACAAAUAUCAUACAAAUUUUUAAAAAAUUAAAUUUAAAGCUUUUUUAUGGUU